UCAUGUCUCCGCUCUAGGGACAAGCUGGCAGAACUGCACGGGAACAUGUUCGUAGAGGAAUGCAUGAAAUGUGGCAAGCAAUACGUGAGGGAUACCGUUGUGGGCACCAUGGGACUCAAACCCACCGGCCGGCUCUGCGACGUCUCCAAACACCGAGGGCUCCGAUCCUGCAGAGGCAAGUUAAUGGACACCAUCUUAGACUGGGAGGACUCCCUGCCGGACCGGGAUCUCAAUUUGGCCUCCGAAGCCAGCAGGUCAGUUUUUCCACAACACCGGUUCCAAAUUUCCGAAUCUAUCCACAGGG